GUCAUCAUAUGCGCCGACGAGACGUCACGGCGCGCGGUCACGCUCUCCUGCGGACCGGGGCCGGGGACCGGGCCGGGAAGAUGGUGCUGCGGCGGCUCCUGUUCUCCCUCAUCAACACGCAGCAGCUCGUGGAGCGCCUGGCCGAGUCGCGGCCCAUCCGCCGUGCGGCGCAGCUCACGGCCUUCGCGGUGCUGCGGGCGCAGCUCGGGGCCCGGCAGGCGGCGCGGAGCCUGCGGGGGCCCGCGGGGCGCGCCGCGCGCUUCGGAACCACCUUCGCCCGGGAGCUCCGCCGCGGCCUCCGGGACCGGCAGCCGCCCCCCGGGGGCAAGGAAAACCCGGGCCGGGGGCCGGGACAGUGAGGCCUGGAGGAGGAGGAGAAGGAGGGCCCUCCCGCAUCCCCCCAUUCCCCCCCCGGCACCCAGGAGGGGGCGCCCCUCCCCCACCGCAACUCCCCCCCCCCCCCUCCCCGUCACCAGCGUCCCCCUCGCGUGAGAAGCGGUGGGAGCCCGGCCUGGGCCUCUGCUGGACGCCUUUGACCUUCAGCCCCGUCCUGGACUGACCGAUGCCUGGAGGGCCGGUGACCCCGAAAAGACUUUGGCUGCUGGCAACGAGCGGCCCCUUAAAGGCGCCCACGGGCGACCUCGGCCUGCAAGGGGUUCCUUCGUGAACGUAGAGGGAUGCGUCCGGCCGUCCGGCCGAAGUCUGCUGCCGACCGGCUUCUCCAUGGAACAAGUGCCUCCUUCCUCGCGGAGGAGAGCGGCUGAGCCUCGGGGGUCUGCGCACAGGAUCCCCGGAUUCCCUCGGGGAGCUCCCGGGUCGUCUACACCCGCGGGGCUCCGAUUUCUCAGGCUGUGUGAGCAGUAAAUGACGAAUUGUGGCCAGGAUUCCGCGUGGUGAUGGGACGGGGGUGAAGGGGAGGCCGCCCCUUAGGCCAGGUGAGCAGGCAGCCUCCUGCACCUGGAGACGCGACCCUUUGGGGAGCUGGCUCCUUGUUCCGGGUCACCCGAUGGGCAUCUGAGGACAGCCUUUGGCUGGGUCUGUGGGUGUGGGGGGCUUCUCUUCACGGGUCCAGCGGAGCCGGGUGUAACGCGCUCUGACUCUUAGCAUUACCUCUCGCCCUUGCCCCGUGAGUCUAAUCGGUUGUUAAGCCCUGUCACCCCUGAAAUACCUCUAGCGUCCGCCCCAUCUAUGACCCACCCCCCUCGUUCAGGCUGUUCCCAUUGCCAGGAGCCCUCCCUAGGGCAGCCUGAGAGGAGGGCAAUGAGGGGCCCUGCGUGGAUGAGUCAGUGGAAGAAUGGAGAAUCUCCACACUGCCGGGCCUCUGGUGAUUCCCACCCCCCCACCCCCACAGCCAAGUAGACUGGUGCUGGCCUUUGAGAUUGGAGACUUGCCUAUUGGAAAGCACUAGAGCCACAGUCGUGGCCAGGCUUCACAUCCAGUCUGUUCCUAUGACCCUGGCAAACCACAUCUUCUGCGCCUCAGUUUCCUUAUCUGUUAAAAAAGGGGGAGGGGGAGAUUGAUCCCGGUGGCUUCUGGUGUCCCUUUGAGAUCUAAGUGAUGGCUGGGGGUCUGUCGCAUUGCCCAGCUCCUGCCCCUUCUCCUUUCAGAAGCAAACCUAGAAGGGAGAUUCCCCACGAUUCGGGUGAAUGCUCAGCCUGCCAUGGUGUGGCCGGGGGUCCCAGCCUCUCUGUUUUCUCUCCCAUCUGUUGGGUCUCCCUCUCAUCCUUAAUACUUCUCUGGACUGCUGAGCCAGGAUCCUCGCCUGCUUUCACUGUUCCUACCCCGGUCCUGUCGUCUAUGUGACUGACCACUCCUGAGUCACCAUUUCCGAAUCCAAAACGCCAGGUCCUUCCCUCUCCACACCCUCUGUGCCUGAUCAGUUGCCAGGUUUGUGGAAGAUUCUGCCUUCUCUGUAGCUCAUCUGACACCCCCCACUCCCCUCUACUCAUAUGGCCCCCACCUGUUUCAGGCCCAAGCCACUUGUACCUCGCACCAGCCGCCUCACAAGUGACCCAAUCUCUCCUCUAUAAAGCUGCCCAAACACCCCCAA